UUUUAUAUCUAAAUAUAGCAAUGACCAAAACAUUUGAAAGCAAUAGGUACUUGGUUGCGAAAACAACCCCACUCCUGCUGACUGAAUCAAGAUUUAAACUGGUACUUUUUAACAGAUUUUUUUAUCGAAUUAUUACAUAGUUCAUGUUGUUACAUUUUUGGGGACAAAUCUGAGGAUACUUUGCUCUCAUUUGCUUGAUUCAUUGAGAGCUAUUUAAAAAAGGUCCCACUUUUGUCCCGCCAGGCUGUUGUGGCGGAGGAGAUAAGAGCCUGUGUGAAGGCCUUUGAACAACAGAGCUUUAAUGACAAGUUCAACUGACCUUUUAUUUUCCUUUUCACAUUGAAAGCGACCGUUUUCUUUUCUUUCCCAUAGUAACCAAUCAGUCCACUCCCAGUUGAUAGGGAUUUCUUUGAGCUUUUACGUGUGAUGUUCCGCCUUAACACUCAGGUUUGAUCUUACAGGUUUUUGUUUUCUGCAUUCUAACCUGUUGCCGCUCCCUCCCGCUCACUGUCCAUUUGCAUGGCAACCCUUUAUCAGGCCAGCUGCUACUGCCUUUCUUCAUGUUGAAUUCUAAUCAUUACUUUCAAAGGAAAUUAUCUCCAAAGCUCCUUUAUUAGGGUCCGUAUACUGGGAGGAGGCAAGCCGCUGUCCAGCACCCACUCAAGCAGUUCUUCUUCUUAGCACUUCUGUUCUGCAGUCCGGGAGCAUUUCCUAUUGGUAACCUACUUUUUCAAGUUAGGAGAAAAACAACACAUGGAAGAAUACGCUCUGCAGUGACAGCAUGAGGUUGAUUCUGGUUAAACCCACCAACGCAACGCGGCGUCUUGACUCAACGGGGGAAGUCUUCCGUGAUGGGGACCACGAGCAUUGUACCUCAGGAGGUCCCUCCCCUCCGAGACAAACUCCUGAGACGAUGCGUGAUCGAUGCUCAGGUGCCUCUAUGGAUGCAUCUUCUUCCCAACAGGAGACGAGUCUGUGCUGUAUUUCAUCCUCACCCCACGGAAGAUCGAAUGGAAUCAGUCUACCAAGAGAUUCAGCCCAGAUGUCGCCAAUGAAAACCCAAAACCUAACCUUAUCACAGCUGAGUGAUCAGGACUGGCUGCUGCUUUGUGGCAACGUUAGCAGUGCAAGAGAUGAUUCACUGCCAGCGGAGAUAGCGGGGACCAGUGUGGCACUUCCAAACCACAAUGACAGAUGUGGUUGUUCCUGUCCUGACGCACACCAACAUCCAGAGGCUUCUAGUUUUCAUCCGCAUUCAAAACAGGACACUGUCCAGCAAGACUGCCUCUCCAGAGUUUCAAACAAGAGACACCUUUCAUCUUCACCACACAUGCAGCCUUUCAUUCAAAGCACUCAAGCUCCGACAACUGUUUUACCACAGGAAAUAAACCAAAGGGAUCUUUUGAAACCUGCAGUGAACCACCCGCAGGAUCCGUUCACGCUCCCAUGCGGUGACCAAGAAGGUCGAAAGGGGCUAUUGCAGCAACAUCCUUGCAAUCAUUUUAAACUUAACGACAGCAGCCAAGCAACUUUAUUCAACAUUCCUCUGAACUCUAUCGAGUGUGCUGAGACAAAUCAGAAGCUCCACCAACACCCUCAGCCUGCAGACCUCAACUGGAGAGAGCUUUUUGGCAAAGAGCCACUGUUAGUUCAGCAACGUCAAAAGCACGAUUCCCACUGCUCAAUGAGCGGUGAUCAGACCUGCAAGUCAUCUGGAGAUCCCUCCAUCAUCCUCAAGUGCCGUCAUCUCGCUUACAACCCUUUAACCAGCACCCCGCGGGUGCAGAGGUCAUCAACUCCAGCCAGUAACAAAAGUGUCCAGUCCUCCACCAGCCAGUCCAGCUCACAGCGACAAAGUCAGGCAAACUAUCAGCACCGCAGUGGAUCAAGACUCUCCCUCCCUAAACACACUCCUCCAACUUCCUCCACCUUACAAUCUGAUGAUUUAGUAAACAGAGAUGCGGUGCGACCGUUGAGCAGCCACGGUACUUUACGACCCAGUCUUGCAGAUCUCCACUCAGGCCAACAGCCUCUUCAGCUUCUCCACAGUGCCAUCCUGGAGGACGCCUUCUCCAAAGUCAUCAGAGAAGAUUCCAGUAAGGCCAACAGUGAGAACCGGAGCAGGGACGAAGGCAGCGUACCACAGAAGAAGACCAAGGACAUUAGCUACCGGCUGGGUCAGAGAAAAGUGCUCUUCGGGAAGCGGAAACAGUUGAGCGACUACGCUUUGGUCUGUGGGAUGUUUGGCAUUAUCGUCAUGGUGAUUGAGACGGAGAUGUCGAGGGGGUUUUACAGCAAGGAAUCCAUAUAUUCAUAUAUACUGAAAGGCCUGAUCAGCCUCUCCACUGCUAUUCUUCUUGGACUCAUUGUGAUGUACCAUGCCAGGGAAAUCCAGCUCUUCAUGGUGGACAACGGAGCAGACGACUGGAGGAUAGCAAUGACCUUUGAGCGAAUUGUUUUUGUUGUGUUUGAGCUCCUUAUCUGUGCCAUCCAUCCAAUCCCGGGCCAGUAUGUGUUCACCUGGACUGCUCGACUGGCCUUCAGCUACACAGCAUCAGCGGCAGACGCUGACAUCGACAUCAUCCUCUCGGUGCCAAUGUUCCUGCGCCUCUACCUGAUUGGCCGGGUCAUGCUGCUCCACAGCAAACUGUUCACAGACGCUUCCUCCCGCAGCAUCGGGGCGCUCAACAAGAUCAGCUUUGACACUCGUUUUGUAAUGAAGACUCUGAUGACCAUCUGCCCCGGCACAGUUCUGCUGGUUUUCAGUGUGUCCUGUUGGAUCAUAGCAGCGUGGACCGUGCGCGUGUGUGAGAGGUAUCACGAUGCACAGGCGGUGACCAGUACCUUCCUUGGAGCAAUGUGGCUGAUCUCCAUCACCUUUCUGUCCAUCGGCUACGGGGACAUGGUCCCUCACACCUACUGCGGGAAGGGGGUUUGCCUGCUGACAGGAAUCAUGGGAGCGGGCUGCACAGCAUUGGUGGUCGCCGUUGUUGCAAGGAAGUCAGAACUCACCAGAGCCGAAAAGCACGUCCAUAACUUCAUGAUGGACACUCAGCUCUACAAAAAGGUAAAAAACACAGCAGCCAAUGUGUUGAGGGAGACAUGGCUCAUCUACAAAAACACCAAGCUGGUCAAGACGAUUGACCAUGCCAGAGUACGCCACCAUCAGCGUAAAUUCCUGCAAGCCAUCCACCAGCUGCGUAGAGUUAAAAUGGAGCAAAGGAAACUAACUGAUCAGGCCAAUACAGUUGUUGACCUUGCCAAGGCUCAAAACAUGAUGUAUGAUCUGGUGUUGGAACUUCAGCACCGGAGCGAGGAGCUGGACAGGCGUAUUGUAGUUCUGGAAGAGAAAGUAAACUCCAUCCUUCUCAGCGUGCAGUCGCUGCCCGUUGUGCUUUCUCAAGCAAUAACAAAGCUACAAAAGGAUUUCCUGGACAACUUGGCCUGUCGUGUCCACUUUCUGUCAUCCUCCCUGAGCUCUGAGUGCUGUUCAGUCCCUGCCACACAGCUCUGUCAAGGACCCACCACACCAGAGACACCAUACAGCUCCUAAGCCUCAGGGGUUUUCCUCUCUUUGAGUGUCCCCUGUGGCAACCCCUGCCGCAGCCUAAAGCCACCAUCCUCAUUCAAAAUGAAUGGAAAGACCUGCGUCUUUUGCCGGACUGUGGGACGGCCGACACAGACAAUCUGAACGCUGCCUUAUUCUGCAACCUUUUCUCCUGCUGAGAAGGAUUCUCCUAACAUACACACACUUUUUUCUUUUUUUUAUUAAAUUUUUUUUUAUAAAUAGCACUCUGCUUUUCAUACAGUUUCCAGCUACCAUCUCAUACUGAGCAGCUCGAGUGAAAAGGGAAGUUCCCCUGUAAGGGGGAUUCUAGAGGAAGGGAAGAUCAUUAUUCAUUAAUUUCCUCUGCUCAAAAUUAGUUAGUCCAAUGACUGGGUUAUGGGCAUUCAUCAUUCCAUAGUGCCUCAUUUUAUCUCGCACUAGAUAUCCAUACAGGAAGAUGAUUUCUAAGAUGUGGCUUCAUGGAGAAUAAAUGGCUUAUCUUGUCUAAUUGAGUUAAUUCCUAAGCAAAUAGAUAAAUGAGGAAAGAUCCCCCCCCCCUGAUUUUUCAAGGAGACCUCUUUCUUAAAAUCAUAAUACUGUAGUUGGAAGUGGAAGGGUUCUAGAAAUAUUAAGGAUAGCAGCGGUUAUGACCAAUUAUCAAUGGUUGUCUCAGAAGUGGGCUUGUCACUGUCUGGCUACUUUGCAGAACUGGUUAUGAAAAAUAUAAGAAAGGCUUCCCAUACAUUAAGAGUUGUUCUUUUAUCCUUUUCUAUUAGAACAUGUUUUCUGCAGUUUACAGUAAACAAGCUCAUCCAUUAAAAAAAAGUGAAUAGACAUAUAGAAGAUAUUGAUGUUUAUUAUUACUUUCAAAGCAAUAAUGGUCCGAGGAGCUGUCCGAGGCUCGUGAGACGUGGAGCCUCAGAUGUUCAGACAACUUUUAUGAUUGUGCCAAAUGUCAGAAUAGUCACAAUAGUAGGGCAUUAUAGGCUUUAGAACAGCUUGCAUUUUAACGCCGCAACUUUUUUCAAGUGCCACCUGAAUACUCUUAUUUAUUUUCUUUACUCACAUCUUUGUUUGUUUUUAUUGUUUUGUGCUCAUUUGAGACCUUAUUUCUGUACGGUGACUUGCUGCAUAUAUAACCUUUUCUUUUGUAUCAGUGUCUUUUCAAGUUGUAAACAUAAAAUCUUAAGAAAUGUGCAAUGGAAAG